AUGGAACGAGCAAGAGAACGUCAACCACCUCAACCACCUCCACCACCUCCAUUCCAACUUCAGGUCCUCAAUCAACUCCAACUCAUACUGCAACGACAAGACCAAAUUGGAAAUAUUCUGCGUGCUCAAGGAGAACAGAUCAACGCGAUUCAAGUUCAACUCCAACAAAACAACGGGAGAUUCGAUGUAUUGGAUCGUCAUGCUGACUUUGUUCAUGGGAUGUUUCGUUUCGUAUUGCCCGAACCAGUACCAGCACCGCCGAUGGCUGAACCACAAGAGAAUCCACAAGUGGAGAAUGUGAACGGACGCGAGCAAUUCGAUCAACAAGUUCCAAUCGGUGGAAACGAGAAUCCGGAUGUUCCGGUGGCAAGAGAGAUUCCAGAGAUAGGCGACGAGGCCCGUCCCGCCCGUCCUCAAAAUAUCCCGCGUCUCAUUCCACGAGGCCGCCCUCACUACCGCCCUCGUCGUGGCGAUGCUCGCCGGGAUGACCGUCGCCGUGGAAGACCGUAUUAA